CUCUCACUGACGUCUGUAGAUUCAGGACUGAGGAUGCAUGAAGAGUGAAUUCUCAUCUUGGGGUGGUCCUUCCAAUUCAAGCAUGGGGGAAGUUCGCAUUGCAGUUGUCUGUAGAAUACUUGAGUUUCUGUCCCAGCCCAGCAGUUUUCACCUGCACUUAACUUAUGCAGGGUUUUUGGUUUUUGUUUUAUUUAAAUCCACGAAUUUCUUCAAUGAGCACAAAGGAGAGGGUGACCCAGAAUGGUUCCCAACUAUGCAUUUGUCAGUGUUCAGUGAGGCCCAGGCCUUGGAAUGAGCUGGCACCUGGUCUGCCAGCGUCCCAGCAGGACAUGGAUGCUGCUUGUGAAUUUAAAACCAAAGACAAUCAAGAUCUUGGAGAGAAAGAGAAGCAAAGAAUAAAUCAUCCAAUAAAUUCUUGCCAGAAAACCGCCUUUGAAGGAGUCAAGAGCAGGGAGAAAGAACAAGAAAUUCAAGAAGAGGAACAUUUGAUGGAAGAAAAGAAAAAGAAAAAGCAGGAAGAAAAGAAAAAGAAGGAAGGUGCUCAGAAAAAGCCUAUUUUAGGCUGCCCAUACCCUUUCACUAAGAAGCACACGUUCAGGAGGAACCCUGAUGGGAGGAAAUACUUGGGCAACAUGAGAGUAUCUUGGAUAAUGAGAGCAAAUGAGGCAGGAAUCCUACAAACAGCCUUACUUAUUACGCAACACUGAAUCUUUUGGUGAGCACUGUCCAUCCUGCGCACUGAAAGAAACAGGACUCGUGUGGAAAAAAUAUGGCAGGUUGAAGGGUGUCCUGAGGUUUGGAAUGUUGGAAGUAGUCCUGAUUAGAUGGAUCAGUGAGCACAAUACAGAUAAAAAGGCAGUCAAGGGCGUACAAGGCUGCUGAACAAAAAACCAAAGG